GUCAAAACAUGUUUUCUUUUCCUGGCUUAGUCUUUCUGGAAACAACAUCAGGGGAAUCGGAUGAGGUGGCCACUUUGGUUUUCAACUUUUUAGGCAAUGGAUUGCGACGGUGGGAUAUCAAAGUGACUCAGUUUCUUUGUACCAAUGCCAACCGGCCCCCCCAAGGUUGCCUUCAAUUCUACACGGGCCUUCAAGGCCGGAUCACAAGUUUCAACUUCGCACCCACAACGGGUUCAAUUCACCUGGCCAACCAAAUGUAUUCGGUGUGUUUGAGCAGGAGGGAAGGUUACUGUUGCGUCGAAUUUGAAGUCUGUCGGGAUGUCGAGGAUGCUUUCUCUCUGCACAUGAAUGGAUUGAUCAAGAUUUCGAGCACUGACAACGGCUGCACGGAGGACUACAUUCAAAUUGAAGAAUCGUCUAAUAUGUGCCUGGGGAACGAAAAGGUGUUUUCAAAUCGUUACUGCGGUGGCACUUUCAACGCACUACAAGGGCUCGCCGUCAACAGUUUGGUUUGCGAUUGUACGCCUCCAUUCAUAUUGGACAUCUUUACCGAUGGCGGUCAAUCCUCGACGCUCAACCUUCGUAAUCGAGGCCUUUGUCUGGACUUCCGACGUCGGAAAUGCCCUCUGUCAUAGGCCUUCAACCAUCUGGUUAUGACCCCAUAGAAGUCCGAGAAACGGACACGGGGAUCCCUAUGCCGAGCCCUAAAACUUCCGACAUUUCUCGCUAGAUGGCGCAUGCCACGCUGAAUCCAACCUCUAUGAUCCUAUCAUCAUAUCUUUCCCUUCCAGAGAAAGGCACCUUCUGUACCACAUUCGAAACCAGGGUUCACAAUCCUCCUCUCUUAAUGCUAAUUGAUUUGUACUUUCUUACGAAAUGAAUACACGAAUGCGUGGCUUUAAGUUCA